AUGCAUUCGCAUGAUGGGAUGCACUCACCGCCGGGCGGCAAGGGCAAGAGGAAAUUGUGCGGAUUCAGGUCGUCAGCAUCGGCAGAGCCGCAGAGCGCGCGGCCUGACCCUGAUUACGAGCCUGAGGCAGCGGAGUUGUUUGACCACGUUCAGCUGCACGCCUGGGCGAGCCACGGUAUGCGCUGCCCGUGGCGCGGGUGCGAGUACCACUUCCGGGGCAAGAGCAACGGGUACUCCAACCUCCGCAAGCAUCUGCUAACGCACUGGAAGACGCGGAGUGGUACGCUCUGCCCGCUCUGCUUCGAGGGCAUCACCGUCAAUGGGCCGAUGGCGCUCACCCGGCACUACGCUAGCGGCUGGUGA